GCAGGAGGAGGAGGGAUGACUGUGUUACAUGGUGUUCAGGGGCACCAGGUGGAGGUGGAGGAUGCAGGUGAACAGGUGGAGGGGAGAGCGCACGUGACGUACUGCCUGACGCCAGCGGAGGGGGCGGGGCCAUCGUCUGGCAGGGUGGAGCCAGAGCGGGAGGAGCGAGAACGUGCCCCGUCUACCUCCGUCGUUGCACACUGCUGCAACGCCGUCGCCGUCUGGUGCGAUGCCCCCACGACCGCCGCCUACGCGCUCAUAGGCCUAUCGCGAUGCUGGUGGCAGUAUACGGUGACGUCAUCCUCUGCGGGAGACAACAUGGGUGACGCAAUGCAAGAAGGCGUGGCGACUGAGAUAAAGGGCGGGGCCAAACCUGGGGUUACCGAGGUCGGUUGGCCUCUGCCAUGCAGUCUGUCCUCUCUUCUCGCCAUGAACUGCCGGGCCCGGGCGGAGGGCCUCGCUCGCCGCCUACAAACAAGCCUUCGCGUGGGGUCAGGAGGCUCGGUGGCCCUCGAGCAGACGUCCCUGGUGACGCCGGGCCCGGAGGACCACUAUGCGUCCAUGGAGUGCCGCCAUGCCUCGCUGGACGACCCCGAGUUGGACCCGGUGGACGACCCGAACCUCCGCCCCAUUCACGUGGUGACGUCAGAGCCCUCCCUACGCCUCUGCCUCCCGUCCCCGCCCGCAUUGCCCAACGUGGCUGAGCAGGACUCGGACGUCUAUUAUGACUUCGACCUUGCCAGCCCGGAAGACGCACCUGAGGAUGAGGAAAAGGAAUGCGAUAACGUGAUAAAAAGAUACGAGAGACCCGAGAGCGGAUGCGCAACUUCCGUCACUUCGCCUGUUAUGUUCGACGACGAGUGCGAGGACGAGGGCGAAGAGAAGCGAAAAGAUCAAGAGGACCACACUCGCUCGCCGGAGGCCAACAUGUGCACCUCGGAGGCCGAACUCCGCGUCAUGAGGCAAAUCCUGACGUCCGCCUCCCUAACGGACGUCCUCUCGCCGACGGACAGGACGGCAGAGACAGAUGCCAAAGCCUUGUGUGAUGAUUCCAGCAGAUACCAAAGUGCAAACGGUACAGGAAAGUGCGUGUGCGGGGCGUGCCGCUUCGAUGACGAGGGUGAGUGUGGGUGUUCCUCGGGGCACCUGGAGACCCAUUACAUUGUAACUCACACGUGGGGAGAGCCAGAAGAAUCGUGUGCAGAUGGGAUCCCAGAGGGCGCUGCUAUGCCUGGAGACAGUUACGUCUCGCUAUCAAUGCAAGAAACAUCGCCAGUAGCCAACACAGACCCUCGUUGGUGCCACCCCGGGUCGGGCACUCCGCCGGCAGUGCCACAUCCACCAGCUGAUCAACGCGCGGUGGACAAAACAAACAUAGUCAGUGGCGACAGUGAUGGUGCUGGAUGGGACAGAUAUGAUGCAAGGAGUGAUAUGUAUAAACAUAGUGAGGCGGUAAUUAUCAAGGAUAAGGGAUGGGACAAGGGCAAGAAAGAUCAGAGCAAAGAUGUGUUGGGCGACGGGGAAGGGGACACCGUGUACUUUGCGGAGGUUACAGUGACACAGUUCAGUGGUGAAGGUGAAACCGUGUGCAGUGAUGGUGAUGUAGAACACAAAGCAGAUACUGACACUGAAGGGAAAAUAAUCCUGCAAACCGCCCCAGAAACUGCCAGUGUCCCCCAGGCUAUUUCUGGCACGACACCCCCGCUCGCCGACCCUCACCUCUACACGCCCUCUGAAGGACAGCCCGCCGUCAUGGAGUCGCGCGGGGAAGCUGAGGGGAGAGACGAGUUGUUUUGUAUGGACGCUGACGCGGAAGAGAUUGAGACUCUCGGGGAAGAUGAGGAGAGCGACGACGAAGAGAAUGAGGAGGACAUUGACGAGGAGGUGAUUCUCACGGGGAAGUUCCGCAACAUCCGCGGAUACACGGAGCGCGUUCGACGUCUGUCAGACGACAUCGAGGACAGAAUCUCCCCCACGAGCAUCACCUACGAGGACAACUGCUUCUGCGAGUCGCCCAAGUCCAGCAAGUCCUCGACCGCCUCCGAGGUAGACGAUGGCGGCGAGGAGCUGGCCGCGCAACUGUCGCAACUUGAGGUGGAAGAUGUGGACGACGGAGUGGGCGACGAAGAGGUGGAUGAGGAAGCCCUGGCUGGCGAGCGCUCCUCCUCGGAGGAGACGGACCCGGCCCGAGUAGAAGAUUUCAAGCUGCGGAUCAAGCGUUCCUCCUCCCUGAAGUGCGGCAAGACGCCUCCGGGCACACCUGGACGCAAGAAAAUCGUGCGCUUUGCGGACAUGCUGGGCCUCGAUUUGGCUGCCGUCAGGACUUUCCUUGCGGGCGUCCCGCACGUCCCGCGCUCCGCCUUCUGGGAUCUCGAGCUGGAGCGCGAGGCGGCGGAGGCGGCGAAGUCUUCGUUCGCGCAGAACAUUGUGCCGACGCGCGUCCUCACGCCCUUGUUCCAGCAGCCGGGCUCGCAGGUCGACUUCCUGGAGCGCGUGCGGCAGCAGCGCGUGGUCGUGGAGAACAUCGAAGUGGGCGACGACCUGAGCGUGCGCGGGGUGGUGCGCGUGCUCAGCCUCGAUUUCCACAAGAGCGUCUUCGUCAGGUACACCUUCGACCAGUGGCGUAAUUACCACGAGGCGACCGCCGCCUACGUCCCCGGCUCCUACGACGGCCUCACCGACCGCUUCUCCUUCCUGCUGUGGGGCAACUUCCUGCAAGACGACGGCGCUCUCAUCUUCUGCGUCCGCUACCACACACUCGGCCAAGAGUUCUGGGACAACAACCGCGGCCGGGACUACGUGCUGCAGUGCUACAAGACGUCGGGGACGGCAGGGGUGCCAGGCAUGAUCGGCUCCAGCGUCCCUCAGAACGUCAGCAGCGUCGAGGCGCACUACAGCGGCGGCAGGAACUUCAGCUCGAGGCCCACCAACUUUAGUGACGUUUACGGCACUUCGCCAACCACUCCCAGCGAUCCUUGGGCGUCCAGGUUCUUCUAGAUGAUGUGCUGACUACCAAGGGCCAGACGACCCUCCCAGUCACCCCAUAGCUCCUCGGGGCCGCUCACAAUCCUGCCUCUGCCAGAGAUUUUCACCGGCACUACAUCGUCACUUCACCACACAGUCACGUCACCACCACACGCGCCCCACCACGGAAUCAUGACUUCACCGCAAACGAACUCAGCACCACAAGUCAGGCUGACUGCUGAACAUAAUACGCUUCACAGAUCGCUCGCGCUGCACACCGAUUCCCUCCUCAAAUCAAAUCCUUCGCGCUAUGCUGCUGGGGCGCAGCAGGUCUCCCACGCCGCCUUCUGUCGGCGGAGCGAUGCCUCGCGCGGGCUCCUGCCGCUGGCUCCUCCGCCUCGCCUUCUUCCUCGUGACUUCGCCUUGCUGUUCCCGAGACAAGAUAUGCAGACAUGUAAAUAGAUAGAGGGAGCAGUCUUGCUGGUACUGCAGGAUUGUUAGUUAGACACGGCUAAGAGUUGGUGUUGACGCGUUUGCAUUAGGUUUAUAUUUAUUUAUUUUUUCAAAACAAAUAUUCGAUUACGACUAUGAACAUGCUCUUGAAUAUAAUUUACGAGUAACGUCUUACGUGUGUUAGAUUUGAGGCACACACACACAUGCAUAUACAGGCAUAUUCAUAAUCGUGUUCAUUAUGUUUACAUGCAUACAUUUACAUUUGUACACACUAUUGUUACUAGAGAUAUAUACCGUAUAUUUUAUUUCCCUGAUGAAGAGUUCGCGAAGGGAAAACAGGCAAGUGUCCAACACCCAUACAAGAGUGUGUCGGAAGAACUUCAAGUGUGAAAGUUAUUGUUUCUUCCGAUCAGGUGAGCUUGCGAAGCUCUUCGGUGGAAGAGUAGCUUCACGUGCUAGCCAAAAGAGUGCCAAAGUGAUAAAGAGCUUCUCGUUCGCCUUCUGAGUGAGUCGUGUCCAGAGUCCCAAGUCAAGUCCGUCAGGGAAAUUCAUUGUCAUUGAAUUCAUUGCCGUAACAACUGUUUUCCAGCUAUAGAUGACUAACACUUUCACCGUGUAAGAAUUUCCCAAAUAAUCACCGCAGACCUUUGAGCAACUAAAAUAGGGCAAGCACAUGAGCAGAAAGCGAGGAGAAGGGCACGGGCGGGGACACGGACACUGGGACAGCCAGCGGAAGGCAGGUGUCGGGGUCAAGCAGAGGCGGAGCGCGCGCGGCGACGCCAGGCAGAGACGUCCCAAAGCCAGGUCUGGCAGGGGGACGGCGGAGGCCUGCUCGAUCGGAAGAGAACACAGCUCAUUUGGGUUGAAAGCUUGAAGUAGUGAAGUGCAUCUCUUCGACCAGGAAGGUUUGACAGACCAGGCAGUUGUUAGAGGAAUGGAAUAUUCCCGGUUGAGGGUGUCAUGUCAUCUGAGCUUAAUGUUCACCCACGUCGUUUCGUUCGGCAGUGGCCUACGACUGCCUGUAAUAUUCAAUUUGCACAACACUUUUGUCCUGUACAAAUAGGUAGAAUAAUAAUUUCUAUCGGUACCCCAGUGUUUCCAGGGCGUUAACUUAUUGUUGAACAUUUAAAGUAUUAUGCAAUGGCCGUUCGGCUUCAGGUAUUUCUAGAA